GUCAAGUCCUGACGAACUGGAGCAAUAAAUCCCAAAGCAUCGACAUCCUACACACUUACGACGCUGAUCCAUUCUCAUUCUGAGAUCAAAAUAUACUCCUAACAAAACAUGGCAUCCCGGCCAACCAGCGACCCCGAGACGCCGUCCCCAGCGGUGCCGCUGCUCGGCAACAACAACGCCGCCUCCGACGGCCGGACGCAGACAACAGCGACGACAACCACGGUGGUGGGCAAGGCCCUGAGCAGCACGGCGGACCUGGCGAAGCACCUCCCGACGGGCGCCGUGCUGGCCUUCGAGUUCCUGUCGCCCACCUUCACGGCCGAUGGGCGCUGCACGCCCGCCAACCGCGCUCUCACGGGCUGCCUCAUCGCCGCCUGCGCCCUCUCCUGCUUCCUCCUCUCCUUCACCGACAGCUUCCGCGACGACAGCGGUACCGUGCGCUACGGCUUCGUGACGCCCAGCGGCCGGCUUCGGCUCAUCGACGGUGGUGCCGUAGGAGCGGCGCCGCGGGAGGCGAGGUACAGGCUGGGCGCGCGGGACGUGCUGCACGGGCUGCUGUCGUUCGUGGUGUUCCUCGCCGUGGCCAUGGUGGACAGCAACGUCGUGGCGUGCUUCUACCCCGUCGAGUCCGACGCCGCCAGGCAGAUGCUGGCCGCGGUGCCCAUGGCGGCUGGCGCCGCGGGGAGCUUCCUCUUCGCCAUGUUCCCAUCCACGCGCCGGGGGAUCGGCUUCCCCGCGUCAUGAGCUUGGUGUGUCUCACGUCCAUCGGGAGUUCGGGACCCUUUGGCUGCGAUCCUCCGUUGAUUUGAUUUGUGGUCAUGUGUCAUGGAAAACUCAACUAAAGUGGGUAUCUUAUAUGUUGGUUUGGUCUUU